AUGGUGGUUCUCGAGGGGAGGGCAGCCGGGAGGGCGGAGGAGGAAGCAGCAGCCGCCCCCCUGGAGCAGCAGACCCCUGGGAGGAUCGAAGACUGUCUGCAGCCUCUGCCCAGUUCUUCCACCAAGAGAUUCUCUCCAGCCAAAAGGAAGCAACAUUACAUUAACCAGGCUAUUCGCAACUCAGACCUCAUUCCCAAGGCCAAAGGACGCAAGAGCCUCCAACGGCUGGAGAACACCCGGUAUCUUAUGACUCUUCUGGAACGGGAUGAUUACGCCACCGAAGAGAGGGAACCAGCUCAUCCAGCUACCCCAAGCAUUUUCUCAGAAGCAUGCAACAAUGAGUCGUAUAUGAGGAUCUGGAACGAUUUUGUGAACCGCUCCGGAGAAGAGCAGGAGCGAAUGAUCUCAUAUUUGGAGCAGAAGGCCACCAAGAAGCGGAGGAGCAAGUUGCCCGACAGAGCCGAGGAUAACUGGAAAGAACACCUUGCGUACACGCCUAAAGAAUGUUUCCAGCGCAUCAGCCGACGGCUGCGCAUGACCCUGAAGCGUGGCCGGAUCCCCACGGGGACCCUGGAGGGUUUGGAGGAGGAGAUACUGGCCUUUUUUUCUGUUCGCCCCCACUCUGUCUACACAGCAAUGAUGGAUAAUAGCUUCGAACGGCUGUUGCUUCAUGCCCUCUGCCAGUACAUGGAUCUUGUCUCUGCCAGCUCCGGAGACGACGGGAAGCGGCAGAUGAAGGUCAGCAACAAACGGACCGUCUUUCUCCCCCCGGCCCUCCUGCUUUCGGCUUACCUGGAGCAAAUGAGCUGAUAGAGGAGAAGAUGACCUCUUUGGCCACCCUCACCUCCUUGUCCGUCCUCCCUCUUCCGUCGGCUUUUUUAAAUAUUUAAGAGAAA